CUUAGCAUCAGGAGAAAAAUAAAAAUGCAAAAUGCUGUAGACAUGCAGAGAACAUGACAUAGUGAAGGAAGGAUCAUGCAUCCAUAAAAAUUAUAACUACAGACUAAACUGAAACAUGAAAUACGAUGCAAAAUAUGGGAAAUGAAGGAGUAUACAAAAUUGUGCCUCCUGCCACGGCAUGGUGCUACCCUGGGCCCUCGCAGCUCUGAGCCUCCUUCCUCUGCUGACCACCCAGGACCCCACGUGUCCCUAUCUGAAGGCCGAGCCGAUCACCAAUGCUACCCUGGAGCGGCUCUCUGGCAGGUGGUUUUUCAUCGCUGUCGCCUUACGUAACCCCGAGUACCUGCAGACGACUAGAGUGGUCGAAGCAAGCUUCUUUUACAUUGCCCCCAACCUGACAGAGGACACCCUACUGUUCAGACAACCCCAGCCCUGCCUGGCCUCCCACCUGGAUCUCCCAGCAUCCUCACCCAGGCCCCUCCCACCCCCUGCAGCCAGGAAGCAGGAGGUGACCAGGGAACAACUGAGUGAGUUCCAGGAAGCCCUCAAGUGCGUGGGCCUGCAGGACGAUGAAAUCUUGUACACGGAUGGGAAAAAGGAUCUGUGCGGGCCAUUGGAGAAACAGCACGCGGAGGAGAGGAAGAAGGGAAACACGGAGUCCUAGGACACAAGGACGAACCGAAGACAGAGUUGGGGGCAGGCACCCUUGAGGAUCUGAGCUCAUCCUCAUUCCACCACAAGCCCUUUGUCUCUCAGAUCUUUCCCCACUUGCAUUAAUACAGCUUCUGCAUUUGGGACAGACUAUGUGUUAGCUGUUCAUUCAUUCAUUCACUCACUUGAAGCCUGCCUUGAGUUGAGCCCUGGCUGGCAUUGGAUAAGAUGCUGCCCCUGGCGGAAGGAGCCCCUGGUGUGAUACUCACCAUAUAAAGGCUGGAUGAUGAGAUGUGCCAUGUGCUGUGGGGGCCCAGUGUGGGGAAGGUCUCUCUGCAGAGAGGCAGUCUGGGAAGACUUCCUGGAAGCGGCAUCUGAACCACUGGUGUAAGGAGAUU